GUGUUGAUUAGUGAGGAUGACGUCACUGAAACUGCUCAAGAUCUUCAAGCCGCUCCAGAUCCCGGCUACCAUCACGAGGUAAAUGUUAUUAUUGUCUUCCUUGAACAUUGCAUGUCAUUCUGGUAAAUCUUCAGUGACAUCUAAAGAAAAGCAAUAUUGAUUAAACAACAUGAUGUUAAUGGACUUUAUAUCAAGACAGUACACCUAGCUGCAAGAAAACAUUUGGGCGCAAAAUGAGCUUAAACUAAACGAUGAUUUUGUGUUCAAUAGACGUGUAGCGCCCAAUCCCUAAUGUACCCGUCUGCAUAGGCGUAGGUACUUGAAUUUUAUUUUAAAAUGUUGCUCUCAUAGUAAAAGGAGCAUUAGAAUCACAUGUUCCUCGAAACAUUUAAGGUCAUUAAAAAAUAAGGACCAAGUCGACAAAGCACUCAGCUGAGGAGGUAACAAGAUUACAAGUUUGGUGAUCCUUUGCAACUUUAGAACCAAGAAGAAUUUGCUCAAUCAAGGCUGAAAUUCUCAAAUUAACGACAGUUUAGAUCAUUUUCAGUCAAACUUUGUCAAAAACAUCUUCCUUUAAGUGCCAAACACGGCUUAACGGGCUAUAGAAAUACUAAACACAUAUUAGGCCAAGUCAUGUGACGUAGCCAUGCCCAUCCUGAAUGUUUCUGAGUCCGUCAUGAGCAGUAAAACUGUGAUACAAAACAUUGUGAUUUUUUCCCCUUAGGAACAAUACAGUGAGGGAGGACGUUUGGUGCGACAAUGCACGGACUUAGGUGGUGGACAUAACCCUGUUUGGUACGAAAGUCCGAAAUGCAAACAAAGGAAAUUUGUUCCUAAACCAAAGUCAUUUCUAAAUACUAACUGCUUUUAAAUAACGUUUCUUCUAGCGGUACAGCAUGUCUAAGGGUUCCUACCGGGCCAGAGGUAAGAGUACUAAAGCUAGGCAAUUAACUUUCUUAUCAAGACUACAACAUUUCAUUAAUGAUAAACUGAAGGUCUUUACUCACUUCGGGUGGCCAAGCAAACGCACGAUAGUGUACGAUAUAUAUAGUGGACUUCGAACAGGUUUUCGGCGGCCAUACCAGCCCGAUAUUUUUAGCUAUUUUUUAAUUGCAAUUUCUUUCCUUUUUCGCUCGCCACAAUUUUGUCAAAAUUCAAGUGAAGUGACUUGCUAACAUAAACAGCUCAAGCCGAUUUAGUUUUCACUUUUAUCUCUCAUAGGAAAACCAGGACUCUGAUCCUACUGUGUUAGUCAUUUUAAUUACUCUCUUGUUUUUGGUCUCUAAAAGAUCAUAUCUGUUAGAUUUUGUACACGUUUAAAUUUAUGUGUUGUUCAAUACUGUAAAGUAAAAUUAUAUAAAGAAAACGUUCACUUCCUAGUCGUGCAGUGAUAACAUAGUUAUGCAGCAAAAAGUGUAAAGAACAUGCAAAUUUGUUGUGUUGCUUAUUAAACCAAUUAUGUUCUUGACAUUCCUGUUGCCGUGACAAGUUCAAAUUCCUCACAAGUUGUACAAGUAGUGUACAAGGCAAGAUACUUAAAUAGCACCAAGAUAAAAAGUGUCUAACGGGACACAAUGCGAUAUUUAAAGAACACAUACACAUAAAGAAAAAAUGGAAAUACCUAACUGACUGAGAGGUACAAAUUUCUUAUUCGGGUGUAUAAUCAGUUAAAAAAAUCAAAUCAGCAGAGAAGAGGUAAACACAAUUUUAACCCCCCUCUAUUUCACUUUUAAAGGCCUGCCAAGCAGGCCAGCGAGCAAGCCAUGUUCUCAAUCCACUUAGUAAAAUCUACAGAUGGUUUCCUUGACAUACAUUUAGUAACGCACGCUUCAAAUGACAAACUCUUUCAGCUUCCUAACUAAUCCCACUACAGUGAAACGUCGAUACAACGAAGGGCUAAGGAGCUGGUUAAAUAUGUUUGCCAUACCUAAGUUUCGUUAUAUCGAGGUUCAUUUCCAUAUACUUUUUCUAGUACUGGGGCAAGGUAAAUUCUUCGUUCUGCCAAGGACUUUUGUUAUAUAAGGGUUCGUUAUUUCAGUCCAGGUUUCUCGGUUCUGAAGAAAAGUAACUUGGAGGAUGUGUUAAAAACAUACCCAAUACGGAACUCAGCCAUGCAUGUUGAUGCAAAUAGCCAACUCGCCAGCAUCCCCAAGGUGUAACAUCGUACAAAUCGUAAAGUUGCUUUUACCAUCGAAAAAAGAAGACUGAUUGGGUCUUCAGCUUUUAGUCUCAAAAAAAUCGACGGACUAAAUUUCUUUUACGCCAUUUCUUUCUGACUUGUACUAUACGUUAAAAAGUACACUCUAAAUCGAAAAGUGUAGAUGAAAAAUUCAAGGAAUUUGAGUCUGUUUUUCUCGGAACUGUGUUUAAGACAUUGACAUUGACAUUUCUUUUUUCUUGGAAAAAUUAUACAUGCAGUCUCCAUGGCAACUUAAAGUUAAACAAAUCGAAACAUCACCACAAGAUGUAUUAUUCCUAGGAGGUCGGAAAAGCUCAAAAAGCAAAGGUUUGUGGCAACAAUACCACGAUUUUCAACUGAACUCUUGAUGCCUAUUAUGCGGUUGGCAACUGGAAGAUUGACUACGACACAUGAUAAAUAGAAGAAUAAAGACGGAGUAUAUAAUGCUAUAACAUCAUACGAUAUGGUACGAAACAUCAGUAAAUGGUAAAUUCCUCACCCUUUACGCAAGUUAUCAUAAACCUUGAACGAUCUUAACAGGGACAGAAUUAUGUCAGUAAUACGCCGUCAUAAUUCCACGUUUAAGUUUAUACAAUUUCUAGCCGCAAAACAUCUACACACAGGACGUUUACUGUAAUCGUCCUUAAAUAUUCUUAAACAUAUUUUCCAUUCAAAAAGGACAAUAGUGCUACUCGAAUCGAUUUACUCUUUUUACCCGGCCUUCCUUUCAGGAAGAGACGGGUAUAGUUCUGGCCUGGGUAUUUUAUUCGUCGACAAAUAGCCGUCUGCUCUUUGAGAAGCACAUGCCUGACAUGGCGAAAUAUCACGCGGUCAAUUUUCGGCAAAUUCAUUGGCUUAGAGCCAAAAUGCCCUUGACAUGUUGUCGAGAUGAAAAAAGAAAAAGCAGCUUUUUUGUCAGUCGGUAGCGUUAACUUUGUGGUUUUGUGGCCUCUGAGAGAUCGACAAAUAUUUUGGUGGAAAUAUUUAGUGAUGUGUGUUGUCUUGAGGAUAAUGCAUCCUGGAACCGUCAGACAAACACAGUCGCUCGAUCCGUUUAAUCGAGAUAGGCGUUGUGAUCGCUGGUUGCGAGAGGGAGACAUGCUAAAAAACAGUAAAAAGGUGGGUAAUUUUCACUUUUCAUGUUUAAUGCAAGUCACGAGAAUUUUUAUAGCAGUUGAAGAAAAACUAUUGGGCUUUGUUUUGGUGAGUAAGCGUGCACCGAGUUGCACGGAAGCAGCAGUUUUGUGAAACGUAUGGAUCCUUUUUGUGCUGAAUUUCGAUGAAUUGUACAACUUGACUGUUCGAUCUGAAUAAACUCGUCCAUAUACGUCACAUCACCGCAAACACCUUAGGAAUUUUAUGCUUUAUAGUUUUUAUCGAAAACAGUAAGACAAUUGCUUUGAUUUAGCGAUAAAGCAUACUUUGCACCUAGUUGCAGGAAAAGUGGCGGUAAAUUACCGUUUCGGUGCAUUAAUUUUCAUUCAUCAAAGGAAACAAAUCUGACUGUUCAUCGCAGAAGUUUGUGCUUGGUCCAAGUCUCGUGCUUCCCAGCAGUCGACAUGAUUUUGAUCAAUCAAACAACAUUUCAUUGUUAAAUUAAAUCAAAAAUUGCAUGUAAGCUUAAAGCUCUUUAGAAAAUGGCUGAUUGCUUUCUAUCGCAUUUCGAUCUUGCAAAACUCCAUUUUGAUCGAUCCAACAUUAUUAGAAAUUUCAAAAUGAUCUAUUCUAGAAAUUUUUUCCUUUGCUGUGUUCAUCGACUGUACAUUCAAACUUACAAUUAAAAGGAUCGACAAAUCGAUUAUAAUAUUCCGUAUUUUAAAUUGGUUUCGAGAUUAUCCUCAACGAGGUACACAAGGGAGUUCUGUCGUUAUACUUCUUUGCUUGUUGUUGAAUCAAUAACAAGGCAAUGAAAUAUUGACAUAUAAUUACCUAAAUAAAUAAAUUUAAAAAGCACAUGUUGGCUACACACCCAGCGCAUUUUUCUGCUUUUUUAUGAAAAUCCUUCAAUAGGAAUGAUCGAGACCAGGUCUUAUGAGCCCGCGCGACUGAGCACCCCACCCAAACUCUUGUUUUCACUAAAAUCGCUGGACGCCACAACUUGCUUCCGUUUUAUACCUGGUGGCCACGUGACGGGAGAAAAUCAAUCGAAGGUAUACGCAAGGUGGAUGUAGUGGAUGCAGCGCAACUUCAAAUAGCACAGCACUGUUGGGAAUACUUUUCUUCGUACUGCGGCGGAAACUCUUUCUCUUGAGGGUAAGUACGUUUUGGUUCUGUAAUUAUAAUCCAUUUGCCCUGCUGUUCUCUUUCCGAGGUGCUCCAUUGCGAAAAACUUCCUCGAAUGUUCACUUUCAGUGCCUUUUGUUUAUUGCUAAAAUUCGACAUGAUUUUGAUCGAUCAAACAACAUUUCAUUAUUAAACUCAAAGAUUGCAUGUAAGCUUAAAGCUCUUUAAAAAAUGGGCGCUUAAUGGUUACUAUUAAAUUUCCAUCUAGCAAAACUCCAUUUUGAUCGAUCCAACAUUAUUAGAAAUUUCAAAUUUAUCUAUGCUAGAAAUUUUUCUCUUUGCUGUGUUCAGCUACUGUUCACUCAAACUUGCAAAUAAAAGGAUCGACGAAUCGGAUAUAAUACUCUUUAAAUUGGUUUCGGUACACAGAAUAGAUUUGGGUUUUCUAUGGUUACUUCUUUGCUUGUUGUUGAAUCAAUGACAAAAGCAAUGAAAUAUUGACAUGCACUUCAACGUUCGCUACAUUCCUACUUAACUUUACAACUUACAUGACAUGCAAAUGAGUUUGACAAGCAAAUGAUAUGACAAGCAAAUGAGUAACUUACCUGCUAAGUUACAGAUUUGUAUCGGAAGAUGCAGCUGUUCUUCUGUUCAUCCGAAAAUGAAAACUGAUUUCAUGCAAACAGUGAAUUUGUUGACAAUUGAGUUGCAAUUGAGAGUCUAAGGAUCAGCAAUUUAUUAUCACUUAAAAAAAAAAGUUUUUAAAAAACCUUAUCUUUUACGAAACUUGGCAAAACAUGCGUACACAUCAAUGCAAGAGAUUAGAAGACCUCCAUUGAUUUGCUUUGUUCUCCUUUUGUCUGCCACUUAAUUACGACCUUGCGGUGUGUAAAUAUAUUAUCCACAAAUUCAUUGAGCCGAUAAUUUCCUAACCAUGCUAACAGUUUCUUAGUGUCAGUUCAAACAUUGAUCAUUCAACGAAUCGACAAUGUAAUACGUCACCUUAGUUCAUUGUCAAACACGCAAACUAUAGCUACCGGUAUUUAAGCAAUAGCAAUAACUACAAGAUGACAAAAUAAAUUUUCUAAAAAAGCGACGGCCGUGGAGCUAAAUGUGAGUUUAGAAAUACAUUUCAACUUUUACGAAAUAGACAAUGACGAGGCGGGCGAUAACAAUCAGAAAACAAUUGCAUUUAAAUACGUAACAUAACAACAGAAAGCGGACAAGCGGACCCACCUAAAUUCAAUUGUUCCAGAAGGGCAAAAUACAGAUUUAAGUGCCAGGUUUGGCCAAGGCCUUAGUUUCUCACUAAAGUAAUAAGUUCGAUGUGAAGGAAUAUGGUUUCACAACUACGAAGCCCUUCAUACAAGAGUUACUAAGUUGCCAAGAGGUUCACGGUGAUACGGGCUGCAAAUUACAAGUGAAAGUUUGUUUAAAAAUCACUUUUGGCCUUGUUCUAGUUAAAUUUGAUUCGACUAGAAAUUUUGAAAGAUAAAAGAAAAUUUAAAUGGAAUUAAGACUUCACGCCGAUAUUUACAUCUCUUUCAGAGACGAGACCCAAUAAUAGCUUUGUAUCGGGACUGAGCAUAAAAAAAAUCUUUCCACUAAUUAGACUGUCGUCGGUGUUCUUUGAGUGGCCGUCAAUGUAAGCAAAAUACAAGUUGUUCUCUGAUGUUUUUAUAACAUGAUGUUUUACAGCCUGAGGCCAGUCUGGUCUGCGUCUUCUACUAAUUAGGCUGUCGUCGGUGUUCUUUGAGCGCCCGCCAAUGCAAAUAAAAUACAAGUUAUUCUCUGAUGUUUAACAUAAUAUGAUGUGUUACAGCCUGAGGCCAAGAAGGCUAUGGAAUGACUUGUGAAACGCUUUCAUGAUAUUAUUUUAGUACUCAGCGACUCAACGCCUUUGUUCACUCGCAAAAAAAAAAAAUAAAAAAAUAACACAAAGAAGGAAAGUAUUUCAACUAUUUAAAACGGCAGAAAAGACAAACUGCAAUAUAGAAAUGUGAUUGCUCAUUGAUUGACUUAAUUUCCUAGAAAAUGUCAUCAAAUAUAGGGGAGACAUUAAAAGUUAACAUUUUUAAAGGCGCCCAACAAGUUACAGCUAACAAUAUCGCGGUCAGUUUUAAGUGACUCGCGUGUGCAUUACUUGUCCCAGGUUCCUUGUCGGUGAAUUACGAAUAAAUUUUUUUUAAAGCAAUAUAUUCCUCUCCAGGGUCGGGUUGCAAAAAACAUCUUAAGAUUAAGGGAACUCGUAGCUAUUAUUUCAAAAUAAUCGGUUAAUAUUGUUCCAGAACAAAAGUUAAGAGCCCUCUUAUCUUAAGAGGGUUUUUUUGCAACCGGGCCCAAGCGUCUUACAAAGCACACACCGGAAAGAGUGAGUCAGGUGUAGACAAAAUAAACGAUACAUAUAUGAAGGGUCACCGUGGGCAAUGUCACUGAGGAAUAAAAGCGCAAAAAGGCGAGCGGGUAUUUUUAACUUAACAACUGCAUGAUUAAGAGCAACAAUAUCUUUCAAAGAAGUAACUAAUGAUAAACACCCGGUCAGUUUCGCUGUUCACGAUUACCGCACCACAAGUCUAGAGAGAGCUACAGAAGGUCACUAACGGGAAACAAGCAUAGGUGAGUGGACUGUAAUACACUUAUCGUGGUUGCCGCACUCCUUGCUCAAACAAGAGGCACCGGCCCGACACGAGACCUUGAUAUCUUUGUACUCCUGUUCACCGCCGCAACGUUUUAGCCAACAAGCUAAUCAAAUUCACGAUGGCAGUCGUAACUGCGUAUUCAGUGUUUUGACCAUCUCAAUCAAACGAUCAACGAGACCUCAAUCUUACAACAACCCGUAGGCAAAGUACCUAACACGAGUGUAAUUGAGAUGCUGUUGUUUCAGGCCGAACAGAUCUCCGAGUAAAAAAAGAAGUAAGUUUAGCCAAGAAAGAGAAACCUCUAAACUUACUGUUUGAUGCGGCGACUAUAAAAAUUUGUAGUUUUGAUAGGUCGCUUAAAAGGUCACCUGUUUGGCUAAAUUAAAUUCGAAACUUUACAUGAACAAAAAUAAAAUGCAGAAAAGCCGAAAGAAGGGCUUGAAUAAAAAAAAAAAAAGAAAUUGGAAGGAGAUAGGGACAGAUUGUUCUCGGGUAAAAUGGUAAAACUUCGGCACGAGUUGAUCGAGCAUUUCUGACAUGAAUACCGUCUAACAAUAUAAAACGCGGUCACUUUGUGCCGUCAUAGGAAAAACAAAAAAAUUAAUGAGACUUUUAGUAAACUAAUGCUUAUUUUAUUCAAACAGGAAGAAAUAAGCUACUGAAACGGCUAUAACCCUAGUGACAAGCUUCGUAGAGUUGCAUGGACCUCCAAGCCUUUACUAUAUAUUCAUGCAAUAAAUUUUUGAGACGGCAAUGAAUAGCCUUUUAAAUCAAAUUACUGUACUUGGAUCUCCUUGGCGAAAGUGUCCCAGCGUCGAGUGUUAAACGCCCGGGCCAUUCAACACUCGACACUCAUCAAUCUUCCGGUAUUUAACUUGGUUUAUUACUAAUUGCAUUCAGUCUAUUUUCAUUGAAACAUUUGAAAUCCGCUCAAACAGUGAUUACAUUGCAAACUGUUGACAGCGCACAAUUUAGAGAGGUAUGUGACUAUAAAAAAGGCUCAUACGAUUCUAUUGAAACUCAGCAGCCGGCUCAGCGGCUCAGCCGUUAAUAAGGUUAUUAGUAUUGCUUACAAACGAUUAUCGGUACACUGUGAUACAAUCUUCUUCCCAUUAAUCACACUCGCCUUCGCCAUAACAGGCGACAGUAAAGCAGAUGUAGAUCCACUUACCUUUAGAAAUACGCUGUGCCUAUAUGCGUUAGAAAUAAUAUCGUAAAUAUGUGGCCUUACCCGAUAGAGAAACACAAGAACAAAAAUGAAAAACAAGAUUGAAUUUUCUCCACUGAAUGCGGCAAGAGAAAGAAAUAUUCCUUUCCACAUUCAAAAGCUUUGUCAAAUAAGUUUCACCACUGAAUGAUACUUAGAUAAUGGUCAUCAAAGUUGACACUAGACCGGCGCGGUGACCCACGUCACUUUUUCAAAAGUGUAUUUCCCGAAUAAAUAGAACACGCAACAUGACACCAACUACUACACAUAAAUAAAAGCAACGUGAAAGGACUGCUUUCACAAGAAAUGUAACUACCUAUGGGCCCUAAAACCACCAAUUCUUCCCACUAACUGCACUUGCCAGGUCACUUAUUCGCGUGUUUUAACAAAGGAGAACGCAACGUUCGCAUAGCCCAAAGCAAUUUAACAAGAUUGUUUUAUUAACACUUCGUAAAUACCAAUGGGUCUUAAUACUGGUUAUAAUUACACUAAUAACGUCCCCUUUCACUUUCAUUACUUUUGAAAUCAUCAUCACACAUUGAUUAAUGAUGAAAAAAAAAUAACAAAAUAAUAACGAAGAUGUUAGCCCUCAUAUUUGGCAGCAUAACUAUUAUUUUAAUAACUGUUAUUUUAUUAACUAAAAUCAUAACUAUUGUCAUAAUAUUGAAUGUAUCGUUUGUCGCCUUUUUGGGCCUAGCUUUUUAAAAUGUUUGUAUCGGUUCGACUCAUUAUCAACACCUUCGGUGCCUUAACGUUUAUACAGUGUAGCCCCACACACCCUCACUUAAAGCCGUCAAUCAAACACUCAAAAAUAUUCAUUAGUCAUUUUCUUACAGCUCUACACAACUGCAGAAAUUCACACGAACAGCGAAGUUCGAAGGAGAUGAGGACACAAAGCGCAAAAUAAAGGGAAGAAGGUGAGAAAGAAGUAAGCACCAGGUAUUUCUGUUUGAACAGAAGCUGAGGGAGAAAACCUACGUUUUCAAGGACAAAUACGUAGGAAAUAGGAAGGAACGGAGUUUAUGAAAUAACAGUGGUGUUUACCUAGUCUCUUUCUAAAAAUACAAGCGUUUGCAAAGCCCCAACUUUCAGUUUGACUUAAAAUUCAAUUCACGAGAACCCUAAAGGGAAUGUUUCAAAGUAAUUAAGAGUAAUAAGGGUCGUAGAGUAGAGAUUGCUAUUUCCAGGUAUUUCCUUGUGCUCGUGAAUCAAGCCAGCACUGAUCAUUAAACUUCCAGAACAUUCUUGGAAGUGUUUACGAUUCUUAGUUAUUUUUUUGUACACAGACAAAAUAGUCCGCCCAGCAUGCCGUGUUGCUGCACAAGAAGCGCUAAGAAUAAAAGCGUGUCAGCUAAAUGAGAAAACAAGAAAGAACACUGUCAAAACGUUCGGCGCACAAGUUGUCAUUUUUAACAUUAACAAACACGCUAAAACGCAAAACCACGAUAGCUCUUGAUAAAGUGAUCAGUGACGUUGAACAACAGUCAAACAAACAAUAACAUUAAAAGAACAAAUCCGUCUCAAGAGUUAUCGUAUCUACGAGCAACGUAGAUUUCUAGCCUAGCAAGCUUUCCGGGGCGCUCUGGCGGCGGGGCGGAAAGCUUGCUCGCAGGCUCCCAACCCGCUGCCAGAGCGUCCCGGAGAGCUUGCCCGCAGGCUACGUAGAUUUCUUAAUCUUAACUCAGAGUAUGUCGAAGCCAAGGAAAAGAGAAUCGAUCAUUAAUCCAUGGACUAAAUUCGCAGGUUCUUGUUUCCACCGUUUGGUAUAAACGAAUUUUGCUAUACACUAACUAAAUAAUUUUACAAUUUGCGUAAUAGCGCUAAGAAACGUUUAUCCUUUCAGUUAUCACACCCCUGAAAAGCCAAAACGUCAAAACUUAAUAGGUGCUAAUUUUUAAUCGAAGUAUGACUUGACAAAAAACUUCUACAUCUGUUUCAGAAUGUUUGAUGGGACUUACUUAGUUCAAGUUCAAGUGCAAGUUUAUUUAUUCACACUUAUUCAAUUACAAUACAACAAUAAGGAAAAAAAGGAAGAAGUAAAAAACAGAGCUAACUAUACAUUGAAUUAAACAUAAAAAAGGAAGAGUGUGUAGCAGCCAAAGGAGCCAAGCUUUCGAGUUGGCUACUACCACAGAGCAAUUACAAGUGGGUGGAGGUUAUACGGUACUAAUAAAAAAAAACACUUAAACUCUUAAAUUCUGUACUGUUAAACUCUCCACGCGUUUAACUCUCCACCCGCCAUCUUGCGCGAUCCCGAACGUGAUAUUUUCAUACCACCAUUCCUCAAGUUUCCUGUCGUCCCAAGAGUUAUUUUCUACGUUCUUCUGGGCGUUAUCCUGGGCGUUGUUCUGGGCCCAUAACCUGAUAAGAAUCUGUCUUUAAUCCAAACCGAAAGACGGUUACAACUAGAACUGUGAAGACUGUGCCAUACACGCUUUGUUACUACUGAGUUUAAUAAACAGCGUCUGAAUUCUAAUGCACUGUGAAACUAUAGAGUGGCACGCCAAAUUGAUGCAAAGUUUUGAUACAAAUUCUACCCCUUUGAGUUUUGGAUCCUACAUACAUCGGAAUAAUUUAUUUCAAGUAGGCUUCUAGAUAUUUUACAAACCAAUGAAACAAGCACAAGUGCCUUCUAGAGUUCAUUUCAAUUAAUCUUAUUCCGAAAUACGGUGAAUCGAACACGACCAAAAAUAGUAAACUUUUUUUUUACUGUAUAUAACGCUACACACUAUAUAGGGGGAUGUUUUUAUCUUUACUCCAAGGUUAUUUUUAGUAUUAAUAUUACGUAUAACUUGACUGACGUGUUUGGUCGAGUGUUUCGAACAUAGCGCACGAAAACGCAAAUCAUUUCAAAUCAUUCUUGUAUUUUUUUUUUCUUUUUGUAUUUUAUUUUUACUACUAUUAUUUUUUUAACGGGACGCAAAGCGAAGUAAGUUUGUAUCAAAGUUAGACCUGUGAACACGCUCCACACACAUAUUUAUCAUUGUGGCAAACUAAAAUUUCAGUUCUUUAAGUCUGUUUAAGUCUUCCCGACUAUCAGUAUUUCAGCCAAAUCGCCCACAUGACUUGGUAAUAACUAGUGAGUAAAAGGGAUAUGGACGGCAUAAAAGUAAUAAACAAUAAAGGUCACCCAGCAUAGGCGAUUUUGUAUUCAUUAGUUACGGUGCUGUUAAGGAAAUACGCUUUCACGGCCGUGGUUUACUCAUGACUAUUUCUUUCUUUCUAGAUGGCUGAUUCAGACGUAUCAAUGGUAAGAUUAUUAAACGUUUUAUUCAACAAAACAAUAAUACUAUAAAUACAAUGAAAGAGAAACAAAGCGAACCUUAGAUCUAGAUAAAAAUAGAGUAGCAAGUUAGGAAACUAAGCUAAUAACGCCGGAGAAUGCUCUUUAAAAAUGUCUCGCAUGCAAUACCAAGGGAAGCAACCUGUUUACACAAAAUUAACUUUCAACACUGAAUACUGCUCUUAGUCUAGUUUAAUACCGUGGCUCAAGCUUAUUUUUUCAGCGUCUUGGGUACGUUUUUUGAUAGGGUUUUUUUACGUUCGACAGAUCCAACUAUGACAUUUGUGUUAGUUGGAAGAGUUCAGCCAGAGUAUCUCCUAGCGAAAGGGCUGUUUUUACGAAAAAACUGAGCAGUCAGGAACCUACGGCAAACAAAGUUUGUGCAACAAGAAGAGACUAACUGUGUAUUUCUCCAGUUUAUUUUCAAACAAACCUUUACAAAACGAAAUACUAUAACAUUCACAGAAAAAGUCGAACCCGUCCGUCCCUUUACUAAAGAGUCAACCGAACUUUUUAUCACCAGACGUAAAUGAAUUUCUGUGAUUAGGAGAAGGGUUAGGAAGAUGCAGGAUGUGGGCGAGUUUCUAAUGCGCUAUCUUUUUCGCUUUUUUAAGGAAUCAGACUCUUCUAGUGACAAGAGGUGAGCAACUAACACGCUACAAAUCAGGGUUAAACAUGAGGAAGUGCGGGUUUGCUCCAGUAACUUUUGUACAAAUAAAAGACAGUAAAGAAAAGCGCGCUACUGCUUCUGCGUAUAUGCUUGUUUGUAAACCUGGCAGCGCCAAGAUUUUACCAGCUAAACUCUAGGUAAUACAAUACCGCUCACAAAUGGGGUGGCUUUUUCAGAUUUACAUGUACUUAAUAAAGGUAUUGCUGAAUAACAUUGGACGGCUGUACCUUUCUAUGGGCAAAAACGUCCAGUAACUUCUAAGGAAGCUAAACGAUGCUGUAAAGUGUUCAGUAUUUUAAUGGUAAAAUGUUACUACGUUCCUUUUUCUGGAGGUGCCCUUUGAAAAACCGAAUAUUUUAGGGACAAGAACUCACCGGCUUUGUUGGUACUGACCUGACUUUUCCUUUUCAUUUAGCGACGAAGAAAUGGAUACAAGCAGCUAUUCCGGCAGUUCACCCACAAAUCAGCCCGUGGUGCCCUUCGCGCUUGGGCAGGUGAAAAUACUGUUUACCAAACCUUUCCACGCAAAACACCUACUAACAUCUAAUAUUCAAAACAAUGAUCUUAAAAAUAUAUUCCACUGACACAAGAAGUAAAUGUUAGCAAAAUUCCACUCCUUUUUCAAAAACACAAGCGAAUUUAAAUUCUAUGCUCUAAUAAAACACACAAGGAAAUGAAGUAAGACCGACAGACGGACUGACCGACUCACUAAAACUAACCGAUUCUCUAAUCGAGUGAUUUACCGAGCUCUUGACAACGCGAUCGAGCAGCCUGAGUGACCAACAUCAACUUUAACCACUGAAAAGAAUGUUAAAAUCCUAUAAUUUUGUUACGUCAAACGGCAACUCUCCUCUCCUUCUUUCAAAUUUUAGUCGCCCAGAAAAGUUUACUUUCUCUUCUGAACCUCAUUCACACAAUUUAUUCCAGCGUAUGUCUCAGUUUAAUCAGAAUGCUGAUUCUCUCUAACUUACUAGGGGACCAACGCCGCGAACCAAGCUAUACGCCAGCAAAAUGAUCACCAGGCAAAUCAAGCCAGGUAAAACACUAAAAACAGUCACGUCUGUAAAGAACUAUACUAAACAAAUUAUCAUCUCCACCAUAUAGUACCCACCCUAGCUAACUUACUAGUAGUAAUCACAAGUUAUCACAGAAUAGGGAGGUUUAUUCGACCAAAAGUCGAGAAGGUGGGUGGUGAAAUAACCUGCUUUCCGGAGCAAAUGAACAGUUUCCUGGCCGAAAAUUACACAUUGACAAAGAUACCAUAAAAAACAUACUUAGUUGGAAUGUUGCCACUGCAGGCGGCCAGAUCAUUCCGACCAGUUUACAAUGACAAACGUACGUUACACUAUGCACAACAACGUCUAAUAAAAGGUCAUAGUUUCACUUGCGCUUAAGGGCACAUCUCUGCUGACCCAUAGCCUACAAUUCGGCGUAUUUUAAGGGCGAGCAAAAGCUGCUUGUUACUGAUGAGUUUUUGUACUACUGCGGCCGGCCGCCAUCUUUCAUUUUAUCGAUGACGCGAAUAGACGUUAACUUUCUGUUUUACGUAUCUUUCAGGUACGGUCUACCAAAUAUGGUAGCGGCGUCGAGUCAUGCUCAACCACAGGUGUAUAUGGAAUCUUCUAUUUCAUUCACUAAACAAGUAGUAAAAGCAACGUCGGUAAAUCCAUAAAGCGAAACUUUUGCUCCGAGGUAUCUUCUCGAAAUGCUGCGUAGUCUCUGCACAUUAGAACGGACUUUUCAGUUCAAUUAGUUCUUAUUUUCCUAGUUUACUUUAGUUAAGGGUUUAACCGGUUCUUUUUUUUCUUCAGGCUAACGAUGACAUGCCGGAUCCUGUGGCAUUUUUCCUUUUCUUAGUCUUUAUUAUCUUAAUACAAAACGAUAACUGAAUGAAAUUCAUAUGCUCAGUUUUGCAUGUUUAACUUUUGUCAAAGCCUAAUUUUAAAAUAGUAAUGUCGAUUUUAGGAAUCUCUGCGCAACAUUUUUAGCGAUAAAAACUCGAGUGGCUAUUUUCAUAGUGUUGUUAUUUAAUAAUAAAAACUUAUUUACCUGUGUUUGAUGUUGUUUAGUGACACUUAAGCCAUUGAAAGAGCUGUGGUACAGAGCCUGCUAACAUCCAUCCCCUUUUCCACUAAACCAGCCCCUCAUCAAUUAAACGUCUUAUUUCCCUUCUGCGGGGAAAAGGAACAAUAAAAUUUCGGGGAAUUGUUCAUGACUGUGGAAAAAUCAAAACUGAACAGGACCUUCUUAUAUCAUAAUUUAGCUAAAUACAAAAUGACGAAUACACUUACUACAAAGAUUAUUGACUACAGAGAUACUUUUGUCAAUAUCAAUGAAUCAUAUUCAAGUAAGCGUGUCCUGUCAGUUGGUGUGCCUCAAGGGUCUGUUUUAGGGCCAGUGUUAUAUCUCAUGUAGACAUCUCCUCUCCGUGAAGUUAUUGAGAGCUAUAAUAUCAAUUAUCAUCUGUAUGCUGAUGAUAGUCAGCUUUACGUUGCUUUUAAAACAAAUGAUGCAUCCUCGAUCAAAACCUGA